GCCCCCGGCCCCGCCCCCGGCUCCGGCCCGGCGCCCGAGCUCACGGAGCGCGACCCGUAGGCCGGCGCUCGGCGCGCGCCCUCACACUAAAGACGUUUCUUCCCGGCGGGGAGGAAUCCCGCUGGCGAGCCGAACAGCUCCCCGAGCGCAGUCCGCGGACCGCCACCCGGCCAGGGCCUCUUUUGUCCCCCGCCCGCCGCCUCUGUCCGAGAGGCCGCCCGCGGGGCGCAUCCCGACCGCGAGCGUCCGGUCCCAGAGUCGGGUGCGGCUGGGGCCCGAGGCUGGCAUCUCUCGGGAGCCGCAAGGCGAGAGCUGCAAAGAUGUAAAAGUCAAGAGAAGACUCUAAAAAUAGCAAAGAUGCUUUUGAGCCAGAAUGCCUUCAUCGUCAGACCACUUAAUUUGUUUCUCAUGGUGUGUAUCAGCCUCGUGUUUGGUAUUUCACAUGAUUUGCCUGAUUACACAAGUGAAUCUUGCACUUUUAAGAUAUCAUUGCGAAAUUUCCGGUCCAUCUUAUCAUGGGAAUUAAAAAACCACUCCAUUGUGGCAACUCACUAUACGUUGCUGUAUACAAUCAUGAGUAAACCAGAAGAUUUGAAGAUGGUUAAGAACUGUGCAAAUACCACAAGAUCAUUUUGUGACCUCACAGAUGAGUGGAGAAGCACACACGAGGCCUAUGUCACCGUCCUAAACGGAUUCAGCGGGAACACAACCUUGUUCAGUUGCUCACACAAUUUCUGGCUGGACAUAGACAUGUCUUUUGAACCGCCAGAGUUUGAGAUUGUUGGUUUUACCAACCACAUUAAUGUGAUCGUGAAAUUUCCAUCUAUUGUUGAGGAAGAAUCACAGUUUGAUUUAUCACUCGUCAUUGAAGAACAGUCAGAGGGGAUUGUUAAGAAGCAUAAACCUGCAAUAAAAGGAAACAUGAGUGGAAAUUUCACCUAUAUCAUUGACAAGUUAAUUCCAAACACAAACUACUGUGUAUCUGUUUAUUUCGAGCAUAACGAUGAGCAGGCAGUAAUAAAGUCUCCCUUAAAAUGCACCCUCCUUCAACCUGGCCAGGAAUCAGAAUCAGCAGAAUCUGCCAAAGUAGGAGGAAUAAUUACUGUGUUUUUGAUGGCAUUGGUCUUGACAAGCACCAUAGUGACACUGAAAUGGAUUGGUUAUAUAUGCUUAAGAAACAGCCUCCCCAAAGUCUUGAAUUUUCAUAACUUUUUAGCCUGGCCAUUUCCUAACCUGCCACCGUUGGAAGCCAUGGAUAUAGUGGAGGUCAUUUACAUCAACAGAAAGAAGAAAGUGUGGGAUUAUAAUUAUGAUGAUGAAAGUGACAGCGAUACUGAGGCAGCGCCCAGGACAAAUGGCGGUGGCUAUACCAUGCAUGGACUGACUAUCAGGCCUCUGGGUCAGGCGUCCGCCACCUCUACAGAAUCCCAGUUUAUAGACCCAGACUCCGAGGAGGAGCCUGGCCUGCCUGAGGUUGAUGUGGAGCUCCCCACGACGCCAAAGCGCAGCCCUCAGCAGUUGGAGCUCUUGAGUGCGCCCUAUGAGAGGAGAGAGAGUCCACUCCAGGACCCCUUUCCCGAAGAGGACUACAGCUCCACUGAGGGGUCUGGGGGCAGAAUUACCUUCAAUGUGGAUUUAAACUCUGUGUUUUUGAGGGUUCUUGAUGAUGAGGACAGUGAUGACUUAGAAGAAGCCCCUCUGAUGAUAUCCUCUCAUCCGGAAGAGAUGGUUGACCCAGAGGAUCCUGACAAUGUGCAGUCAAGCCAUUUGCUGGCCAGUGGGGAAGGGACACAGCCAACCUUUCCCAGCCCCUCUUCAGAAGGCCUGCAGUCUGAAGAUGCUCCAUCUGAUCAAAGUGACACUUCUGAGUCAGAUGUUGACCUUGGGGAUGGUUAUAUAAUGAGAUGACUCCAAAACUAUGGAAUGAACUUGGACAGACAAGCACCUAUAGGGUUCUGUCUCCCUGCGCCCUAACUUGCUGCCUUAUUGUCUGCAAGUGUUCUCCAAGGGAAGAGGUAGGGAACUGUAGGGUACUCCAUUCUUCCAGGUGACAUCACCUAUGCAGAUUCCCAGUAUGGGGACCAUAGUAUCAUUGAGUGCAUUGUUUACAUAUUCAAAGUGAUGGACUUUGAAGGAAGCACGUGUGCACCUUCCCUUUACACUAAUGCACUUAGGAUGUUUAUGCAUCAUGUUUACCAGGGAGCAGGGUUCCCUGUGGUUUCAGAGGUGGUCCAGGACCCUGUAUUUCAUUUCUUUUCUUUUUUUUGUUGAGACAGAGUCUCAUUCUGUCACCCAAGCUGGAGCGCAGUGGCGUGAUCUCGGCUCACUGCAACGUCUGCCUCCCAGGUUCAAGCGAUUCUCCUGCCUCAGCCUCCCUCACGAGUAGCUGGAUGGAACUACAGGCGCCCACCACCACACCUGGAAAAUUAUUGUAUUUUUUAGUGGAGACGGGAUUUCACCAUGUUGGCCAGGCUGAUCUCUAACUCCUGACCUCAAGUGAUCCGCCCUCCUCAGCCUCACAAAGUGCUGGGAUUACAGGGGUGAGCCGCUGUGCCCAGCUGGCCCUGUGAUAUUUCUGGGAAGUAAAUUGGGCCAGGGUGGGAGCAGCGAAAGAAAAGGAAAAUAGUAGCAAGAGCUGCAAAGCAGGCAGGAAAGGAGGAGGAGAGCCAGGUGCGCCGCUGGAGAGAAGGGGGGCCCUGCACAAGGAAACAGGUAAGAGCCAUCGAAGUUUCAGUCAGUGAGCCGUGGGCACCUCACCCAUGUCACAUCCUGUCUCCUGCACUUGGAAUUCCACCUUGUCCAGCCCUCCCCAGUUAAAGUGGGGAAAACAGACUCUAGGAUCAGGCAUGUGACUAAUACAGAAAGGAAACAUGGCGUCGGGGAGAGGGAUAAAAACCUGAGUGCCAUAUUUUAAGGUUAAAACAAAGAGCAAACGCAAAGGUGCUUCAGGGUCUUCAGGAGAAGACCUUGAACCUUCAAACCUUUCUCUUAGGCCCCUUCAAAAGGAGAAAACUAAAAAUUAUACAAGUCAUAGUUCAAGGACUUUAACUAGAUUAUUUAUAUGAUUGCGCAAAAGAAUAGGACUGAGAGGAGGGAACACCUUAUUUAAUACGUACAAGUUUCAGAGACCCUAUUUGACAAUUUUCAAAGUGCUCUCUGUGCUGAUUCCGAAUCGAGUGUGUCAGCUGUGAUUACAGUUCCUGUGAAUCUAGGCCAGGUUAGGGGGCUGCGGGUGGGGGAAGGGAAGCCUGACUGGGAGCAAUCUACCUGUAAUCCCAGCACUUUGGGAGGCCUAAGCAGGUGUAUUGCUUGAGGCCAGGAAUUCGAGACCAGCCUGAGCAACAUGGCAAAUCUGCCUCUACGGAACAAAAUUACAAAAAUUAACCGGGCGUAGUAGCAUGUGCCUGUUGUCCCAGCUACUUGGGAGGCUGAGGAGGGACAAUGGCUUGAGCCCAGGAGGUAGAGGUUGCAGUGAGCCACGCGCCACUGCACUCCAGCCUGGGUGGCAGAGCCAGACCCUGUCAUUAAAAAGGGGGUUGGGGGAAAGGUUCUGGAAUGUCAUGUGGAAUGUCAUGUGGCAACCAGUUUAAGGACUGAGACUCAAAGAUCCACCUCCCACAGUUGCCCUGUGUGACUCUAGGCAUUUGACAGCCUCUCUGAGCCUCAGGUUUUUUGUUUCUGAAACAAAAGGAUUGGACUAGGUAAUCUCCAGGAUCCUAUGAACCCAGGAGAAAGAUGAGAAAAUGUACAAGAAUAAACACUCAGGUGGAAAUGCUGCAACCCUGAGAAACUCCCAGGUUGAAUGAAAGGCACAGGACCCUCUUACCCCUCACCCCUCCCCACCCCCCAAGAGCUGGUUUCUCAAACCUUUCUCUUAGGCCCCUUCAAAAGGGGAAAACUAAAAAUUAUACAAGUCAUAGUUCAAGGACUUUAACUAGAUUAUUUAUAUGAUUGCGCAAAAGGAUAGGACUGUGAGGAGGGAACACCUUAUUUAAUCUAGUGAAAUUCCAUAGGAAAGAGGCCUUUUGUAUGUGUAAGCAAUUUUUCUGCCGUCUCAAUGCAUCUGUCAUAUUCUGAAAGAUUUCCGGGUUGAUCUUUUGGGAUAAGCUCUAUGGAUGUUUGUGAGAGUGUGUGUGUGUGUAUGUAUUUUUAAUUUUGUAUAAUGGUUGGAGGUUGGUAAGAAGUAAUACAACAAUACUUUUUAAUACAAA